AUGGCAGAGACGAAGACAUUCCGCAACCCCGUCAUCCCCGGCUUCGCGCCCGACCCGUCUGUGGUCUUCGUGGACGGGGUCUUUUACCUCGCCACCUCGUCUUUUCACGUCUUCCCCGGGAUCCCGAUAUAUGCGUCGACGGACCUCCAAGAAUGGAAACACAUCGGCAACGCGAUCAACCGCAAAGAGCAGCUCAGCCUCGAGCGCGCCGAGACGGCGGUGAUGCCCCUCGACACGGGCAACAUCAUGGUCUCAUCCGCAGGCCUAUUCGCUCCCUCGAUUCGACACCAUGAGGGCAGGUUCUACAUCAUCUGCACCAACGCAACCCGCUGCGACGGGGAGUUCUGCCUCGAGAACUUCUACGUUAGCACAGCCGACAUAUGGGCCGGCGAGUGGUCUGACCCGAUCUACUUCCCCUUCCACGGUAUCGACCCCAGUCUGUUCUUCGACGACGACGGGAGGGCGUACGUGCAGGGGUGCUGGAUGAUUGACCGCCUGAAGCAGCCGAGCUGCACGAUCAAGCAAUUUGAGAUCGACAUCAAGACGGGCGAGGCGCUUUCCGAGGUCAAGGAGAUCUGGGGCGGGUUCGCGAAGUAUGAUACCGAGGGCCCGCAUUUUUAUAAGCGCGGGGAGUGGUACUAUUUGCUUGUGGCUGAGGGCGGGACGUUUGAGCAUCACAUGUUGAGUAUUGGGCGCUCGAAGAGUAUUUGGGGCCCGUUUGAGUCGUGGAAGGGGAACCCCAUCAUGACUGCGGACGGGAAGGCGGAGUAUGUACAGAAUGUUGGCCAUGGAGAGCUCUUUCAGGAUGGAGAGGGGAAGUGGUGGGCUGCUGUGUUGGGGGUGAGGGAUGAGGAUAGGGCGCCGCCUUUGGGGAGGGAGACGUUCUUGACGGCGGUGGAGUGGCCGGAGGGAGGGUGGCCAAGUGUGCAGCAGCCGAGGACGGAGUUCCAGCGCGAGGUGAAGGAAACCAUUGGAACGAGGAGAGAUCUGCCGCCGUCGCCGAAGGAUGUUGAUCUGGUCUACAUUCGGGAUCCUGAUUUUGAAAAGUACGAGUUCAGCGGAGAGGGUGACGAGGGGGCUUUUCGACUUCGGGCGAGCAGUUCCAGCAUCUCAUCCCCAUCCGGUACAGCUACAUUCGUCGGGAAGCGGCAAAGGGCAAUGGACGCGAGUGCCUCGGUCAUGUUAGACAUUUCGGCGACGAAGUCGGGAGACCCUCUCGUUGCAGGCCUGGCUCUUUACAAAGACGCGCUGCGUCAUGUUUCUCUCGCGUACGACUUUGCCUCAUCGCGGCUAGUAUUCGACGUCACAACCACAUCGGAAGACAAGAAGCAGAGCGUCUCCCUGGAUGCCGGCUCGGGGACAACUUCACUGAGCUUCCGGGUUGAGACGUCAGAGAAGGAGUACACGUUCUUCUACCGGGAGAAGGACAACGAGGAUUGGAAGCAAGCGGGAUCGGCAUGUGUGGCAGAUCUGGUCGCAAGAGAGAUGACUGGGCCAAAUUUCGGGUUGUUUGCUCAUGCCUCCGGAGCCGAGGGUGUUGGAAAGGAGGCAAGAUUUGACAAGUUCAUUGUGGAGGGACAAAAGAGCUUGGUGUGGUAG